UCCUUGCCUUCUAGCAACCGCAAAGCUUCCCAGCAUUAAAUAUUACUCGACCUUUUCAAUUCCCUGUCCAAGAAAAAAGGUGGCAGUAUCACACCACCGUCAUUGAGUCAGCGCUUUCUCGCGUCGCGUCAUAUCCACGCGCCGUCCCCUCACGUCACCUAGGAAUAGCAAAGGGCGGGGAAAAACAGAAACUCCCUCCAUUUUUAAAACUCUCCCUCUCUCUCUCUCCUCCUCUCCUUAAAUAUUUUUCUAAAAAUAUUUUUUGUUUUUUCUAAUUGGUCAAAUAAUUCGAAUCGUCGAAACGAACGUGACAAUUUAAUGUUUCUUUGCCCUCUGAUCGCACAUGGCGUUUUGGCUUGAGGUUAUUGAUUCCACAGAUUGCUCAGAUCUACGCGUUGGAGUUUUCGCAGUUGUUUACUUCCCGGCGCCGGGGUGGUUUCUCGUACUCGCUCAGGCUUACUCCCCGAGGAAGUUGGCAGUUGAUUUGUUUCCGGUGAUAAGGUGGUGGUUCUUGAUGCGUUUUUAUGUAAGUGGAGAUUUGCCUAGAAACAUAUAUUGGGACGGUGAAGGUGGCUUGGUAAACUCUUGGGGUUAUGUUGUGGAUACAAAGUUUGAAGUGAUUUUCAUGGACACUGAGAUGGAGGGUGAACGGAUGGAAGAAACGGACAUUGAAGGACUCCCUUCGAUGUGGCCUGAAGAUAUUGGAAGUGAUGUGGGGAAGCAGUUCAAUGUAGAAAAGCCAAGAGGCGAUCAAGAUAUGUUGAAGGAGGUUGCAAUUCAGGAGGAGCCAACAAUAGCUGAUUUCAAGCGUCUUUUAGAACUAACCAGUGUUACAGACAGGGGCUCUUCUCAGUUAGCAUACCUUGUAAAACACUGGGAAUAUAAGCAGGCAAAUAUUGUUCGGCUUCUGAAAGAAGAGCUGGACAACUUAAGCAGACAGAAACAGGAGUCUGAACUCAAGAAAUUAGAGAUAUUGGAGGAACACCGGUUUGAGGAGGAAGGAUAUGGGGGUGACAAACGGCCAAUUUCCAUACUGGAGGGAGUUUAUGAUAUGUGGAAAGAAGUUCCUCGAAGGAGAAAUGUAGUUGUUCAAAGUAAAAGAGUUGAAAUUCAUGCUGAGUAUGACACAGUAGCAUACUGGAAACAAAGAGCUAUGUAUUUGGAAAAAAUGUUGGAAGCCAGCAUCCAGAGAGAGCAGGUACUCAUGGAGAAGUUGCAGGAAAAUGUCAACAAUCUAGAAAGGCAGUCCACUCCUGUAGAAGAGUUGUCCCAGAUACUUAAAAGAGCGGACAACUUCUUACAUUUUGUACUGCAAAAUGCACCCGUUGUCAUGGGACAUCAGGAUAAAGAGUUACGCUAUCGCUUUAUUUAUAAUCAUUUUCCAAGCUUGCAAGAGGAGGACAUACUAGGAAAAACAGAUGUGGAAAUUUUUACUGGAGCGGGUGUUAAGGAGUCCCAGGAUUUUAAGAGGGAAGUUCUAGAAAAGGGGUUACCUGCUAAGAGGGAAAUCACAUUCGAGACAGAGCUGUUUGGCUUAAAGACAUUUUUGAUAUAUGUUGAACCUGUUUUUAGCAGGGCAGGGGAGACUAUUGGUAUAAAUUAUAUGGGCAUGGAUGUAACAGAUCAGGUAAGAAAAAGAGAAAAGAUGGCAAAGCUUCGAGAGGAGAUAGCUGUGCAAAAAGCAAAGGAAACUGAAUUGAACAAAACAAUCCACAUAACAGAGGAGACAAUGCGAGCAAAACAAAUGCUAGCAACUAUGUCUCAUGAGAUAAGAUCACCUCUAUCUGGGGUUGUUAGCAUGGCUGAGAUCCUGGCCACCACAAAACUCAAUUACGAGCAAAGACAACUGUUGGAUGUCAUGGUAUCUUCAGGAGAUUUAGUCCUUCAACUUAUAAAUGACAUCCUUGAUCUUUCCAAGGUUGAGUCAGGUGUGAUGAAGUUGGAAACUGCCAAAUUCCGACCAAGAGAAGUUGUAAAGCAUGUUCUCCAGACAGCUGCGGCAUCAUUGCAGAAAAUUCUGACCUUGGAAGGACAUGUAGCAGAUGAUGUUCCUAUUGAGGUUGUUGGAGAUGUUCUAAGGAUUCGGCAAAUUCUCACCAACUUGAUCAGCAACGCAAUCAAGUUUACCCAUGAAGGGAAGGUAGGGAUAAAACUUUAUGUAGUUCCAGAGCCACCUUUUGCGAAGGAAGCAUCUCAGCAUAGCUCCACUGCAGAUCAAUCAACUACUGAUGUGCCCACAGAAGAGAAAUGUGCAUCAAAAUCUCAAACAAAUAGUGAUCAGAAUGGUGUUCACGGUAAAAAACGAGGUGGCUCUUGUCAUCGUCAUCAACUUGAUGAACCUAGAUCCCGGGUUAAGAUUGGAACUCUAGAUGGUGAUGAGGAGCAAACAGAGCUACCUGAAACAACCGUGUGGAUUCGCUGUGAUGUUUAUGACACUGGGAUUGGGAUUCCAGAAAAUGCUUUACCUACGCUAUUUAAAAGAUACAUGCAAGUCAGUGCCGAUCAUGCCCGAAAAUAUGGGGGGACAGGACUGGGCCUCGCAAUAUGCAAACAUCUGGUUGAGCUGAUGGGUGGUCGUCUCACCGUGUCUAGUCGAAAAAAUGACAGCAUAUUAGGAUAGUUUUGAGUCAGUCUCCUAUGUUGUCUUAUCCAUGAGCAUCUCAUUAUAUGAUUAUAUAGUUGUAUCGUUGUUCUUGUUUCUUGUCUUGGUCAGGUAAGUCUCAGGGUUUAGUUAGCGGUUAGGAUAUGAAGAAAAAGCGGCAGAAAUAUCCCUUAUUAUUUUAGGGGAUCUCUUCAUUAGUAAUUUAAUAUGAAGUGAGCUCAUGACAGAUCAUCAUGGCCAGUUUAUAAAAGGAGCCGAUGAGA